AUGAUGCUCUUUUUGUUGUUGGCACUACACCUCUCUGCAGUGUUCGCCUUUCCUCUCGAAAGAGACCUCUCGUCGGAUCCGCCGACUGUGACGCUUGAUUCAGCCACAGUGACUGGUAUCCACCAAGGGAAUUUGACGAAGUUUCUAGGGAUUCCAUUCGCCCAGCCUCCGACGGGAUCUCUUCGCUUCCAACUACCACAAGCCAUAACAUUUUACAAUGGGUCCAUAAACGCAACAGACUACGGACCCAUCUGUCCUCAGCAGGCAGCGCCAUUCCCAGUUUCCAUCAGAGACUUUUUCAACUUCUCUCUUCCGUUCAGUUUUGGCGACUUCUUUCCGAAUAGGACAAAUAGCACUGUGCCGACCCCGGAAAGCGAGGAUUGUCUGACGAUAAAUGUGAUCAAACCCACCAACGUCUCUGCUGAUGCGAAGCUCCCGGUUCUUGUGUGGAUAUUUGGCGGAGGAUUCCAAAGAGGAAGCGCAUUUGGCUACGACAGGACGGCUACGCGAAUUGUCAAUCGUUCGAUGGAGUUAGGCGAACCCGUCAUCUAUGCCGCCAUGAACUAUCGGGUCUCUGCCUGGGGAUUCUUAGCGAGCAAGGAAGUUCAGGAAGUGGACGCUGGGAAUGCAGGGCUUGUCGAUCAGCGUGUUGCCCUUGAGUGGGUUCAAAAGUAUAUUGGCAACUUCGGUGGCGAUCCUUCCAAAGUCACAAUCUGGGGCCAAUCUGCAGGGGCGAUAUCUGUCUCGUUGCAAAUGCUCGCCUACGGAGGCAACUCCUCCAACCUCUUCCGCGGCGCAUUCAUGCAGUCCGGUGCACCGAUUCCUGUCGGGAAUAUAACUGGAGGUCAGGUCUACUAUGACUCGCUCGUCAAUCAGACGAAUUGUAGCGACUCAAACAACACGUUUACCUGCUUACAACAAGUUCCACUCGACACCCUUCAGGCAGCUGUUAAUAACACUCCUAAUUAUUUCUCUUAUCAGGCUCUGGCUUUGGCCUGGUCACCAAGAGCAGAUGGUGUCUUCUUGCAGGACAACCCGCAACGGUUGGUUCAGCAAGGAAAAGUCACCAACGUGCCUUUCGUCACUGGCAAUGUCGACGAUGAAGGCACACUCUUCUCCCUGUCCUCGCUGAACGUGACAACCGACGAGCAAUUUGAAGCUUACAUCAGCACCACCUUCGUUCCUGGCGCAGACGAGAGUACACUCGAGCCUCUGUGGUCUUAUUACCCCCCAGAAGAGCCUUACGGGUCUCCGUUCAACACCUCGGACCGCAACGCAGUUACACCGCAGUACAAGCGGAUAGCCGCUUUCCAGGGCGACGUGACAUUCCAAGCGCCGAGGCGAUUCUUCAUGCAGCACCUACUAGCAAAUAGCACGAGCUCGGGGGAGACACAAAAGAUGUGGGGGUAUUUGAGCAAGAAGUUGAAGUUUACGCCUAUCAUCGGAUCGUUCCACAUCUCAGACUUGGACAUCGGCCUCCUGGACGACUACAUAAUCUACUUCACGUACAAUCUGGAUCCUAACCUACCAGAUGCCACCGACUCGACCUCCAACAUAACGCUGCCCUUCGGCCUUGGGUCCUUGCUGCCUGGCCAACCAAGAUGGCCGGAAUACACUACGGAGGCACCACGCCUCUACACGUUCCCGAUUCUCGGAGACAGGCCAGACAUCUCGAACGAUACAUAUAGGGAGGCGCCUAUGCAGUAUCUGAUGAACUUGUCUUUGGCCCAUCCGUUAUAA